AAUGUCCUCGUGUUCGCGGAAGUACUGACGUGUUCACACGAGAAGUGGCUAGUGUAGCUGGCUAGGUAGAGCCGGGUAGUGACUCAGAGGCCAUAUCAGGAUGUCAGAAGGGGACAGUGUUGGAGAGUCAAUCCAUGGGAAACCAUCAGUAGUUGCUGCCUUUUUCACAGGGAUUGGACAGGUCUAUCAGACAUGGCUUGACAAGUCAACACCCUUCUAUGCAGUGCGAUGGGCACUCACUCUACUACUUACUGGAAUUUACAUGAUCAGAGUGUACAUUCUACAGGGGUGGUAUAUAGUAACAUACGCUUUGGGAAUCUACCAUCUCAAUCUGUUCAUUGCAUUUCUGUCGCCAAAAGUGGAUCCUUCGUUACUUGAUGAAGAUGAGGGCCCAUCCCUUCCAACCAAGCAGAACGAGGAGUUCCGUCCAUUCAUCAGGAGGUUGCCUGAAUUCAAAUUCUGGCACUCCGCGACAAAAGGCAUUGUCAUUGCCAUGAUUUGUACAUUUUUCGAAGCCUUCAAUGUUCCAGUGUUCUGGCCUAUACUCGUAAUGUACUUCAUCAUGCUCUUUUGCAUCACCAUGAAGAGGCAGAUUAAGCAUAUGAUCAAGUACAGAUACCUACCCUUCACACAUGGGAAGAGGACAUAUAAAGGCAAGGAAGACACAGGGAAAACUUUUGCUAGUUAAGAACUCCACCUUACCCUUUGCCUCAGUCUCAUUUGAAAUGCAUUCAUCACAGCUAGAAGGGAGUGAUGAAGAUUAGAGAUUAUUUUUCUUUUUGGUAAACUGGACAGUAACAUUGAAACAAAACAUGAAAAAAUCUAAAUGGUCACUUGCUCAAUAUUUCUUUAGAAAAUUUUUUAAAGGUUGGUUUGCAGCAGUAGCUGAAACUUAGUUCUGCCUUCUGCCUUUACCCCAAUAAGAUUAGUGAAUACUCAUCAAAGAGCAGCUAAGCUAAAUUACUGUAAGUUUCCUAAUGUUUGGUUCGUUCUGUGAUGGUGGUUGCAUUAUCUCCACAUCUCAGUCUGCCAACUUUAGAUUAUUAUGCUCUUCCUACUUAUUUGUAACACAUUAUUUAGUAUAUUAUUAAUCAGAAACUUUUGUUUGCAAAAGAAUGUGAUUAGAUUUGAGAAAAUCUCAACUCAUUGAUAAAUGAAUUGUUUUGGCUCUCCAUAUCUGCUGCUCUCACGUUAAGUGUGUUGGACAAAUACGAAAUGAAGAUGUUUUUAGUGACUGUUAUCUGAAUAUGCAUUCAUGAUGGGCAGAAAACAUAAAUCUGUGAAUUUGUCACUUAAAGUUAAUUAAUUAUGAAUUUUUGGCAGGUUUAUUUGGCUUUAAGUUGGUUAAUGUUUUUUUUUUUCAUUUUAUAUAAUUUGACUCUCAUAGACUAAGUGCUUAGAUGUAAUAUUAUUUGUCUGCUUCAGAACGGCCACUCAACAUCUAUGAAUGCAUAUUUCAAGGACGGUGUUACUAAUCUCUAAUCUCCUGUAGUCUGUUAGCUAUCAUAAAUCUACUCGUUUUGGGUUUCUAUGUUUGCAACAUUAAGCCUCAAAUGGGAAACUUCAUGAAUUAGCAUACUCUCAGACGUUUACAUCAUUCUAUAAAAUAAUAUUCACAGUCCGUUUCGUCUCCAAAGUGCACAACCAGUAUUAGUUUCCUUAACACAAGAUCAGUCCGAGUUCAAAUUUAAACACUUUCCAAAAGGCGCUGUUCUCUUUGGAACAUUUUCCCAUGUGCUCCAAAGAUCGGGUUCAUUAUUUUUUGUUGAUUGUCCUUUAUAUCUGCGUUUACCUUUAAAAGAGAAAAAAGGUACAGUCAUUCCAAGCAAACUGUUGUUCUCUUUCUUUUGCAGAGGAAACAUAGGACAACUGACAUCUUUUAUUAAAACAAAUGGAUGAAGUUGGUGGUGAUCAUACAUUUUUCUAUGAACCUUUGAUUUUUUUUUUUCCUUCCUAACAAAGUGCUGGGAAUCUGUCAAUACUAAUCUUUGAUUGACACUGUAGUAAGGGAUCAAAACAUUUUCCUGUAAAACGUUUGUGUUUCAAAAGGUUGUCUGGAUUUAUGUAUAUACAGUAUAUAUAUUUUAAAAUAUAAUUUUUGUUUUGAAAUCUUUGUUUUCAUUCAUCCACCUUAUUUCUCCAUAUUAAAAUCUGUUUCAACUGAAACUGAUGAAGGACAAACUGUUUAAUUGGGUUGCUGAGUUGAAAUUAAUGUUUUUCAUGGAUUGCAUGUUUUUUUCUUGUGCUACAGUUAGAAAAAAUGACUUGAUUUUAAAAAUGGAAGUGUAAUUUUUUUUUCACUCCAAAUGCUAUUAAAGAGGCUGUGUCCCUUCGGAACAGUACAAAUGUG